AAGGAGGGGUCGGCCCGACCGCCCCCACCCCGGCGCGCCCCCCACACCCCCGCGCCCCCGCGCGAGCGCGAGCCGGCGGCGGAAGUGCUGUGUCGCGCACUUCCGGGUGUUGUCUGGACGCCGUCGCCGCGAGUCUCCGGUCUCCCCGCAGCUGCUGCCGCCGCCUGGGGUCCCGGAGGCAGGAGCGACGUCACCGCCAUGGCCGGCAUCAAAGCUUUGAUUAGUUUGUCCUUUGGAGGAGCAAUUGGGCUGAUGUUUUUGAUGCUUGGAUGUGCCCUUCCAAUAUACAACCAAUACUGGCCCCUCUUUGUUCUGUUUUUUUAUAUCCUUUCACCUAUUCCAUACUGCAUAGCAAGAAGAUUAGUGGAUGAUACAGACGCUAUGAGUAAUGCCUGUAAGGAACUUGCCAUAUUUCUUACAACAGGCAUUGUGGUCUCAGCUUUUGGACUCCCUAUUGUAUUUGCCAGAGCACACCUGAUUGAGUGGGGAGCUUGUGCACUUGUCCUCACAGGAAACACAGUCAUCUUUGCAACUAUCCUGGGUUUUUUCUUGGUCUUUGGAAGCAACGAUGACUUCAGCUGGCAGCAGUGGUGAAAGGAGUUACUGAACUAUUGUCACAGGGACUUCCUGUCAUUUCUCAGCCGACAGUGCACACGGGAGAUGGGGCGGUGAUGCUGAGCAGUGCAGCAGGCCUCCCGGGGGCAUUUCAGGUGCUCCCGGCUCACUUGCAUUGUAAGCAUACUAUUUUCAGAGACUUGCUGAAGGAUUAAAAGGAUUUUCUCUUUUGGAAAAGCUUGACUGAUUUCACACUUAUCUCUAGUAUGCUUUCUGUGGUGUCCUGCUGAAUUUAAAUAUUUAUGUGUUUUCCCUGUUCAGUUUUUGUUUAAUCAAUAUACAAUGUUAAACAUUAUUUAAAUGUAAUAACCACAUUUGCAUUGGUUGGGAAUUAGAGUUCUGCUGGCUGUUACUGGGUUAAAGUUGUUUAUUUUUUCCUUAAAAUUAUUUAACUUCCAUGCCUACACAAAGUUAUAAAAAUAAUAUUUUUUCAAUCAGUCAGGUUGACAUCACUCCCAAUUUUAUGUAAACAUGCAGACCAUUAGCAUACCUUAUAGACUCUUUUCUCAGUGCAAAUAUAGCUGCAUUGAUACCUCACAGGGGCCAAAUAUUAAUGCAGUGCCCUCCAUAAGGGUUGCUGGUUUUGCCAGAAAGCAGGUGUUUUGUGAAUUGAAAAUUAUUUUACAGAAUUGCUACAGAGGAGUGCUUUUAUUCUCAAUUGUUAGAAGAAUUUAUUGUUAAAGGUAGGGUGUGAAAACAGAUGUUUGAGAUAUGGUUUUUAUUUAUGUUUAUUAUAGUUAAAGUAGAGUGAGUUGCAUUGUGGGAAGAAACAGCAUUGGAAUUCUGUUUUUUGAAUCCUGUUUCUAUUUAUAAGUGAAAUUUUUAUCUUCUUUCAGCCUUUAAUGUCUUAUGUGAGUAAAGGGACACAUGGGACUACUACUGACGUGGCAAAGUUGUAUGUUUGCAUCCUACAUAGAAAGUCUUUCCCUGCUUCCUCUUUUUAACUUAUUUUAUACAUUGUAUAUAUUGAGUAAAAUAACUUUUCCAGUAUGAUUUAAUAACACGUUAAAUUAGAGAUGCUUAAUGCACCUGGAAGGUGAUUGCUACACCAUACAUUCAGAGUACCCCUGCCUUCAAGGCCUUCACGUGAUUAACAUGUCAUUCAUGUAUUAAUAGCUCAAGAUUUAGACCAUGUCAUUGUACUUCUUAUUCCCUAAGGUUAUAUCGUAAUGUAAUUUUAAAAAAUUUAAGACAUGUUUCUUGUAUACCUCUCAGCUGUGUUGAUUUUUACUUUCACCCUCAUAGAUCUGCUGUUUCCUUUUAUAAAUGGCCUUGAUUGUGUGAAUUAAUGCAGAAUAGCCAAAUUCAGCUGCAUAGCAGCUUCAGACACAAACUGACCAAAAAAUUCCCAGUAACCAGGCAUGAUCAAAUUGUAGUGGUCGUCUGCAUCUCACAAUUAUCAGUGCUUUUUUCAGAAGCUAGUUAUACAGAUGUUCAAGGUGGCCUGAUGGUAUUUUGUUAAGGACAUUUGUUUGUAUGUUUGUUUGGUGUACUUACAUCAAUAGUUUUGCCUUCAGACAAAACUGAGUAAUCAUGACAAGCUAUCUUUCGUUGUUUUAUAAAGUUGAUUUCUCCAAAAAUGGGAACAAAGUAUGAGUUUGUUCAGCUUUUUACUAAAGAUGUCUGAAUGCCACAGGUUUUAUUGCCUAACCCAGGUAGCUACUUUUAGCUGUGAGAUAGGAAGCAGCAUGACAUGCCUGCACGUGGCCAGCACCAUUACACACAGGCUGAAAAUGGCUCACGGUAUGACCCUGUGGUAGAUUUGAAGAGCAAGGGCCAGGUCCAUGUGGACUAGGCAGCUGGUAACACAGUUGGGAACUCAGUGCCUGUGAUCUACUCAGUUUUGUUGAAUUUUUUGUUUUUGCCGAAAGUACAUUUUCUGGUCCUUCCCCAUUUUCUGUUCUAGAAUGUCAGUGCAGGGCACUGCUACUGUUUUAUUUACUUGGCCAUAGAUUCUUUUUCUAACAGCUGCGUAUUCUUCCUGUAUACUAAUCGCACUGGCAGCAUUGUGUCCCUGACCUUGCACACUAGCUUGACAUAGUGCUGUCUCCGAUUUCUAGGCUAGUUACUUAAGGUAUGAAUUUUCCAUAGAAUGUGCACUGAUCCUGCAUUGCCAUUCUUCUAUGGAAAGAAAACUUUUGAUGAUGAAACAAUAAAGAUUUUAAAUAUCUGUUUUAGUUUGUGGGUGUUUUUGAAAUGAAAAUAUACAACACACUUCAGUUCCUGAAGUGUAUUAUCCCAUAAUGUGAUAUAAAGCAAGGGUGAUGUUAGAUAUAAGGUUAGACUUGCAGAAGUUUCACUUCCAAAAUAAAAUUGAAGCCAUAGUAAUAAAUAAAACGAAGCCCUAGGCUAUUAUAGUAAAAGGAUUGAUAAUCUCAGGGAGUAGAAUUUUUACCUAACCUUUUAUAAAAUCAGCCAUGGAAGGUCUUGUUGACAUAAAAAAACUACUGGCCAUCUAAAGUCAAGGUUGUGUUAUACUUGUUCUUAAAGUUUCAGAACCUUUUUUAUGACUACAUGUUAUUUAUAAUUAUUCAUCAGAGCAUUUUGCUUUUUGCAAACAUUUCAAACAGUUUAAGGAAAAAAAAAGCGUCUGUGUGGUAUACUAUAAACAGAGAAAACUACUAUUCUCCUUUAUCAAACAUGAAUCUUUUCCUAAAUUGUCCUAGUUAUAAUCUCAUUAUACUUAAAAAAAAAAAAGUCAAGUCAUAGAUUCUUAGUGUCUGCUUUAAUAUGAUUUUUUGGGAGCUUUGUGAAAAUAGUCCAGAUUUUUUAAGUAAACUCUAGAAUAUUUAUAUUGAAUGUGACUAGAUGCCUAAGUUUCAGGUAACUUUAAAUCAGCACAUCUACUUUAACAAGUAGCAAGCAACAUUACUAUUAAGUGAUAUGUAUGUUUUAGACCUCAGCAGGCUUUUGAUACAUAAAAUUGGUGGGAGUUUUCAAAGUUAUUCUUCAACAGAAAAUAUUUGGGAGGAGUUCCUGCUGUAACACAGGAACUCCUCCCAAAUAGGAGAUACAGCGUUGAUCUAUUGUUGUCUCUGUGAUGGUUCAGGUUCAAGCCCCAGCCCUGGGAACUUCCACAUGCUGUGGGUGUGGCCAAAAAAAGAAAAAGAGGGGUUUCUGUGGUGGAACAGUGGUAACAAACCUGAGAAGUAUCCAUGAGGACUCAGGUUCAAUUCCUGGCCUCACUUAGUGAGUUAAGGAUCCAGCGUUGCCAUGAGCUGUGGGGUAGGUCGCAGAUGUGGCUUGGAUCCCGAAUUGCUUUGGCAUAGGCCAGUGACUACAGGUCCAAUUUGACUCCUAGCCUAGGAACUUCCAUAUGCCUCGGGUGUGGCCCUAAAAAAGACAAAACAGAAAAAAGAUUUGAAAACUCAUGUUUUUACUGCAGGCCUCCUAAUUUUCUGGCAGUCCCUGGAAAGAGUACAUAUUCUGCAAAAUAAGUAUUCUGGAGUUGCCCUGUGGCUCAGCAGGUUAACGAUCUGGUGGUGUCGCUGCUGAGGCAUGGGUUCAGUUCCUGGCCCAGGAACUUCCACAUUCUGUGAGGCACCCCCAAAAAAACUGUCCUUGUUAACUGUCUAUCUGAGAAGGGGGUGGUGAGAGGGAGCACCGGGUCACAGACCGCUAUCUAACUUCUGAGAUCUUAAAUCUCUCUUCACCGUUUGUUAUCUCUCUUCACUGUUUUCAGUUGCCAGAAACUCUAGAGAUGGAGACAGUUUUGCAGUUUGUUUUUAUAGGAAGCAUUGUACUGUGUAUUUUGCAUCCAGUCUUUGAAGAUUAUCUGAAUUCAUUCCUGGGUUUAGAACUCUGUACUGUAGUCACAACAAUUUAGAUGUUAACUCUUAAUCCUGUAAAUUCCAGUUGGAGAGAACAAAACAGCGGGAGUCAAAAACUGUUCCCACGAGUGAGAAAUUAAGACCAUAAAACAUUCCUUUUUCAAUUACAGUUCUGUUUUCCCUUGUGUGCUUAGAGGCAAUACUAAUAGGGGGAAAUCAGGAAAUUUUUAUGUUAGGAGCCAGUAAAUGGCUAACACUAUGAAAGAAAUUUGCUGCAGUUUACAACCAUAGGGACUAUCAAAUAGAAUACAGCAUUAUAGAAUGAGCAUGAGUAUUUCCAUAUGUGUUUGAAAGAGCAUUACUGCUUUAUAAUUUGGUAAUCUUGAUUUAUAGCUUGGAAUUUAAUAUCAGAAAUGUCUUUCUCUUGUCAGAUCAGUUAUUUGGUAUUAUGUAAAUAGAAUGUGGCAUAAAUGUCAGUGAACAUGUAUAGAUUUGUGAACCUCCCCACAAUAGGACAGAUUUUCCUGAAAGCUCGGUAUACAUACUACUUACAGAGAACAUUUGAAGAUGGUUUCUAAAAGUGUUCACAAUUGAACAACUUCUUAGGACUAAAUUAAGAUGGAUAGAUUUUGACUUAUCUUUGUCAUAUGCUAUUUUAUUUUUAGGGUCACACCCAUAGCAUCUGGAAGGUCCCAGGCUACAGGUCAAAUCAGAGCUAUAGCCGCCAGCCUACACCACAGCCACUGCAAUACCCCAUCCUUAACCCACUGAGCAGAGCCAGGGAUCAAACGUUCGUCCUCAAAGAUACUUACCACUGAGCCACAACGGGAACUCCCCAGUUAUAAUUCUUGAUAAACAACUCAUAUAACUAACUGUAACCUUGUGGGUUUUGCUCUUAUAAGCCCCUCUUCCUGUGAUGCCAAUGCUUUGAAGAUAAGGAGUAUUAAUUAUCUUAGGGGUCAUGCUGACUCACUGUGUACUAUCUGUAGAAACCUUGAAGACGUGUAACCCUGUCAUGUUUGAUGUAGGCUCUGUUCUGACCAGAUACAAAACUGUAGUGAAAACCAUGCUUCUCCCGAGCACUUUCUUCUUUGGUGGAGACUGCACUCCCAGGCCCAGCUUGGCUCGAAUAAAACUCUCUUCUACUCCUUA